AUAGACUACUGAAAACAGAGGCAGUCGGUGCAAAAACUUGAACACUAGAAGCAAGCAAGCGAACCCCUAGAGCCCUAAUAAUCACAUAAAUCUCAUUAAAAGAAAAAAAAGAAGAAAUCUUAAAAAUCCCAAAAUAUCAACGCGAAUCCUCUCACCAUGGCUUUGAGAAUUCAUCUUCUUUACCCAAAUCGUUUUCCUUCACAAUUCACAAAGUCCCAAACCAAUUGGGUCCCUUCUAUGUAUACCUUCAAGAAUCAACCCAAGUUUCACAAAGUCUCGUGCACCAACAACGACGACGACGACGACGACAUGAGCGAUAUAGACCUGGCCUCAGAUUUUGCAACAGAGGUUGGAAAGAUGAACACCCAGAUGAUACAGAAAGAGGAGGCGUUGAAGAAAAGCAAAGAGCUUUUGUUCGUUGAGUUUUGCAACUACACGGGCUUGAAAUCGGAGGAAAUGAAGAAGAAAUGGAAGAAAUUCAGUGAAGAGGAACAAUUGGUUUUGAUUAAAAGUUUUGUUUUAGAAUGGGGUGCCCAUUUUCAUCCAUUAUCUGCUAGGUCUGUUAAAGAAUUAGUUGAUGAGUACUUAGUUGAAAACACUUCUGACUUCAAUUCUUCUUCUUCUUCUUUUUUCCCUGGUCUCAAAAAAUUGAUGGGAUUUUCAGGGGAUGAUAAUGAAUAGAUUGGAUUUCAGUUUCCCUUA